UAUAUAUUAUGUAUUGUAUGCAUGUGUGUUUAUUUAAAUAAUUUUUUUUGUAUUGUGUUCUCUCAUGAACCUAAUAGUUUUGCUCAGUGUAUUCAGCUGAUAGCGCUCAAUGCUAUUGAAAUUCUCUUAGGCUGCGCCAAAUACGAAUGCGAUUUCUAUGAAAAUAUGAGCUUAGAGUUUCAGUUUGUGACACAUACGCACAAUGAGCACAUAUUAUUCUAUAUUUAAAUACUACAUUUGGCUGUGUAUUGUGGUGAGCAGCAGAGCCGCUACCGCGGAGAGAAAUGAACUCAAGGUGAGAAUAGAUCAGCUGGAAGAGCUGAUACAGCAGAACAAUGAAGAGCUGCAACAGCUGGAAGCCAAAUGGAACUCUGUGAGAAAUGGAAGCACAGAUCAGAUUGAGGCGCCUUGCGACUCCUACAUCAGCGAGCAGAAGAGCUGGCUGAGUGCCUGCGAGGCAAAGGCAAAGGCAGUGGCAGAGCGGCUCAAGGAGAGAGAAGAUCAUUCAGCUAUACUGCUGCAGAAUUUGACUAGCUGCAGGAUCAGUUUAGCUGGGGGCGGGGAGGAACAGACUCAAGUCUCGGAGCUGCAGUUGCAGCUGAAAGAGAAAGACAAAGAAAUUCUGGAGCUACGCGCACAGAACAAAGAGAACUUGUUGAAUCUGCGAGCAGCACAGCUCAAGCUGAGGGCUUACGACUCGGAGCUGGAGGAGUACUUGCCGCAGAGCUGUCUGCCCUUUGGCAGUGCCACGGGCAUCUACAGGAUCAGGCUGCCGGGGCAGGACCCCUUCUAUGUACCGUGCGAUGCGCGCUUUGCCGGCUCCGGCUGGCUGGUUAUUCAGCGGCGCAUGGAUGGCAGCGUUGACUUCUAUCGCAACUGGACCGAGUACCGAGCUGGCUUCGGCUCGCUCAGUGGCGAGUUCUUCAUCGGAUUGGAAAAGCUGCAUCGGCUGACGGCGCUGCGCCGCUUCGAGCUCUUCGUCUACCUGGAGGACUUUGAGGGCGAGGUGCGCUAUGCGCAUUACGAUAACUUCAGCGUUGGCAGCGAGGAGAGCUUCUACCAGCUCAAGUCCUUGGGCGAGUACGAGGGCACCGCUGGCAACUCGAUGGCCCUGAAUGUCUUGCAGAGGUUUUCCACGGCCGACAAGGACAACGACACCUGGCUGGGGGGCAACUGCGCCCGCAGAUACCACAGCGCCUGGUGGUACGCCUCCUGCUCGGCUUUCUGCAAUCCCAAUGGCAAGUACUUUAAGAGAAGGCAGCUCAGCAUCAGUACACGCGGCAAAGGCAUCAUCUGGCAUCAAUGGCAUGGCUUCGAAGAAACGCUCAAAUUCGUACAGCUCAUGAUAAGGCCCAUAUCAGCCCCAGUAUGAAAUGCAUAUUCUCAUUUAACAUAUAUGUAUUUAAGCAGAAUUUAUAUUAGUAAAUAAACAAAGCAAAAUAAAAGUCGAAAAGCUUUGAGAAUUUUAUUAGAAUUUUGCUGAUAAGUCAUCUAUGUAUAUAGUGGACAUACAGUUCCGCUGAAACUAAGUAAUU